UUGUUCAACACAAUUAAGUAGUAGGACAAGAUGUCACUCACAGACAUAAGAGUCCUACGUACCCUUAGGCAUAGCAUGUGCUAAUGCCUAAUGCAUCUGUGUCACUCAAUCUGCAAUUUGAUCAACAGCUCAAUACAUUCUGUCCGUUCUAUAUAAACACUGUUGGAAACUUAGCAAAGUCAUUUCAGAAUUGAGUGUAUUCUAGUGUCGAAGCUUCAAUCUGCAGAGGUCCUUGUAAUUGCAUAUCCCCAAAGUUUACUCUGAAAACUUUAAUUUUUCAUUAGCAUCAUGGGUAUCCGCAUGCCUCGUGUCACUAAUCUCAAGCAAAUUCUCAACCGGCAAUUUUCCUCUACAAAUCUUGAUGGGAGUACAUAUGUCCCCAAGGGAUGCAUGGCAGUUUAUGUUGGGGAGAACCAAAGAAGAAGAUUUGUGGUUCCGGUCUCCUACUUAAAUGAGCCUACAUUCCAAGACCUGUUAAGUCAAGCUGAGGAAGAAUUUGGGUUUACUCAUCCGGAAGGUGGCCUCACAAUUCCAUGCAAAGAAGACACUUUCAUUGAUGUCUUAAACAGAUUAUGAAAGUUUAUAUGUCUGCAGAUAUGACAUAGUUAAAUUUUGUUAGAUAGUGUACAAACUCUGUGAACUAGUCUAGGAAUAUUAAUUCUGACUGAGACUUUCAUGUAAACUUUUACAUGUUUUGAGCAUGCUGAUGACUAUACUAUCAACCUUUG